AUGCGGCGGUGCCGGGGCGCAGGGCUGGCAGGGCUGGCCGCGCUGCUGCUGGUGGCUGUGGGCAGAGCCCAGGUGCUGCAGGAGCCGUCAGCAGAGACCACCGAGGGCAUCGGCAUCAGCAUCAACUGCUCGCACCCCAACAUAAAGCCUUACGACUCCAUCCACUGGUACCGUCAGCUCCCGGGACGAGGCCCCGCGUUGCUCCUGAGCACUCUCAAAGACUCGAAAGAGCUGCGGGACCCGCCGGGGCGGCUGUGGGUGUCGGCAGAGCGCCGCUCCAGCGCCCUGUGGCUCGCCCGGCCCCGGCGCGGGGACGCGGCGGUGUAUUACUGCGCCCUGGACUGGUGUGGCUACAACAAGCUGACCUUUGGCUCAGGGACCAGACUGUCUGUCCAUCCCAAUAUUACUCCAUCUCCUUCAGUCUACAGGCUGACGUCUAAAGAUGAUGAGGAUUUGGAAAUGUGCCUUAUCACAGAUUACUCCCCUGAAAAGCUUACUCUUAAGUCAGCUGAUAAGCAGACAAAUGCUAUUGUGGAGGUGGCAACAUCCGAGAACAAACAAGAAGCAAGCUACCUGUCAACCUACUGGAACAAGAAACAUGCAAUGCAAUGCGGUGCAAGUUAUGAGGACCUUGGAGACCUGGAAGGAGAGGAUCCUGAAAGUGGUGACAGCGCUGUCUGUGUUACAGGGGUGUCUCUGCACUUCAGGACAGAUGAAAAGCUGAACAUGCUGUCUUUAUCACAGCUGGGCCUGAAAAUAAUUUUAAUGAAAGGAAUAAUUUUUAAUGUGCUGAUGACAAUGCUUAUGUGGAAAAAAAAGAAUGAAAGUAGACAGAUGCUGCAGUCCUGAAGUACCAAAAAAAUCUGCCGAGGAAUCUUUACCAGGGCAUUGUGUGCAAGAGGGAACACAGACAUUCCUGCUGCAAGGGAUAUCACUUGCUGUUUCUGUACAUCACUUCCGCCAUUAUAAUCUAAAUGCUUUAUUUGCAUUGUUAUAAAGCUACUCAAAAAUGAGCUUAAAAUUUUCAGCAUUCUGCUCCCCCAGAUGCCUGAUUCAUUUAGCAUGACAAUACCUCUCUCUGCAUGAAGCAUAGUUUGCUAUAACUAUAAAUUGCCAAACUAUUCACUAAUCAUUAUUCACCAUUACUUGUGUUAAAACGACACGCAAUUUCCGCUUUGGGCAGCGUUGUUUGUUGAAAACCACAAGCUAAAUAUCGCUUGAAUGUGAAUUUUUCGUAUUUUGUUGGCUUUCAGGUAUGCACGUUUUAGAGUGCACCCCCACAGACACCAUUUCAGUUGCAAACAAAACACCCCGAAUAGCAAAGGGAGACUUACUCAGGGUGCUUUGCACCAUGUCCUGUUAUCUUUUGCUAGAUGAGAGCAAGGUAUCUUUUUUUUUUCCCCUUAAAGAUAUGCUGCUAAGUCUCCAAGAAGUCCUGAAUUCAGUGAAAUUCUCACUUCAUUUUUACAGAAGGAAAGGAUGGAUUUUAGUAUUUUUCAAAGUCUAUCUUGCCUUAACAUUUUCUGAAUUUAAACCAGUUUACGAUUUGGCUCUGUGUUUAGUAAAAAUACAAACUACUUUUGUUCUUUCUGUUUAGUUCUAGCAACCUUAGAUUUCCCAAUUUCUUUUUAUAAUCAUUGCAUAAAACUACACUGAAAUAUUUACCUGUCCACAUGUGCACUCCUUGGAAACAGUGCAUCCACAUGAAAUUCACCCGCUGCUAAUUCUUGAAUUGUGCUGGCAAGCACACUGAUGUAUGGGCAUUUCUUUAGGUCUUUGGCCGCUAUUAAAGAACUCUUAUAAAAAAAAACAAAAAAACUUGUUUGUCUUUUGUACCCAUUGUCUGCGGAACUUGUUUUACCCUUCAGGUGAGCUUUAGGAAUGAGCCUGGCCUUUGGGGUGAAGGAGGGAAGGGGUGUCCAGACUCUCCUCUUCAGCCUGACGUGGCCACCAGGCAAUAACUGGCUGGAUCCCCCACUGCAGGGACCAGCUGCCAAGUCCCUUUCCAGGAAACCCUCGCUGUGUUGUGGUGAGAGCAGUGUGGCUGGCUCAGAGGGAGGGGAACGGCUGAGAGCACUUCUCCUCUAAGAGUAGGCUCUGGGCUACGUGAAGACACAAUGGUAAAAUAUGGCUUGCCUACAGAGACAGGACAAGUAAGUUCCCAGGUUCUUGAAGGUCUGUGUCUACUGUGAUGGGGAAUACAGGAACCUGAAUGUCCUGCCUCUAAAUGUCCCCCACUCCUAAGUGUCACUGGAGAACAAGGUACCUGCUUUGCAUUAAUGACACCAACUGACCGGCCUG